AUGGUUCAUUACAAGUUAACCUACUUCGCUAUACGUGGAGCCGGAGAAUGUGCAAGACAGAUCUUCGCACUUGCCGAUCAGGAAUUCGAGGAUGUCCGUUUAGACAAAGAGCAGUUCGCAAAAGUGAAGCCUGAUUUGCCUUUCGGACAGGUUCCAGUCCUUGAAGUCGAUGGCAAGCAACUGGCUCAAUCCCUUGCGAUUUGCCGCUAUCUGGCCAGGCAGUUCGGUUUCGCAGGCAAAUCAACGUUCGAUGAAGCCGUAGUCGACUCUUUAGCAGACCAGUAUUCUGACUAUCGCGUCGAGAUCAAGUCGUUCUUCUACACUGUCAUUGGAAUGCGAGAAGGUGAUGUGGAGCAACUCAAAAAAGAAGUGUUACUUCCUGCUCGCGAUAAAUUCUUCGGAUUCAUCACUAAAUUCCUUAAGAAAAGCCCUUCUGGUUUCCUUGUCGGUGACUCACUGACGUGGGUGGACCUCUUGGUCUCGGAGCACAAUGCUACAAUGCUUACGUUUGUACCAGAGUUCCUUGAAGGCUAUCCUGAAGUAAAAGAGCACAUGGAAAAGAUACGAGCGAUUCCGAAACUGAAGAAAUGGAUCGAAACCCGACCAGAGACAUUGUUCUAA